AUGGAUGAAAUAUAUUUGCCAACAUUCAAUUCUCAUGCAAUCGAAGCCAAUCUUCACAAGAUUCCACAUUUAAGAGAGUUCUAUCUUUAUUUCAAUGAUGAUUAUAUAUUUGGGCGACCGGUUUCGAUAAAUGAUUUUUUUAAUUCGACAUGUCUAGUGAUUUAUGGUGACGAUCGAUUGACCUCAAACACGAAUGUUUCAUUAAACAUCCAUAAAAGGGCCAUGCUGAACACGAAUGCUAUUCUCGAUAAUCAAGGAUUCACGAACCGAACUCGUCACUUUCUUCCACAUGCCCCACAUCCGCUUCGAAAAUCAGUUGCCGAAGAGCUUUGGUCUAAAACAUUCAGUGAAAUCCAUCGGCAACAAUCAUCGCAUCGUUUUCGGGAUAUGAGAGAUAUUCAUCCAACAUACUUUCUUUCACAAUAUUUACUCGAACAAGGGUAUUGUGUGGAACAACGACGAAUGAAAAGCACGUGUGUGUAUGGUGAAGAUUUUUGUAACCAAGUAUUAACAAAUAACUUGGGGAAAGUUAGACAAUUUUUCGAUAGACUUCGAAUGCUAUCGCUCAUGCCAAAAUUUUUGAGUAUUAACGAUCGUACAAGUUCAAAUUAUACAAAACAACAUAUUAUUCACCGAGAAUUUGAAGGAUUUUUGAAAGAUUUGUUUCCAAAAAUAAGUAGAUUUGAAUCGAAUGAUUGUACACUUUGA